GGCGGGCUCGGCGAAAAGGGGAGGAAAAGGAUCUGGGUUAUUUGUACAGUAAUCAGUAGAGGAGGGGGGGAAGAAAAGUUGUUCCACCGCUGAGGCGGUUGUAAUGUUUGUAGUGGAGCUAGAACGCUGUUUGCCAAUCACAUCUAGGGUAUUGUUACUGUCCUACACCCUGAAGGAAGAGGAGUUCAAACCUGAGCACGUGUAGAAAAGAGCUGACCCUAUACGAGGAAGCUGGAAAGCUCUUCUAGUCUCAGAAAACAAAAAGAGACUUAGCCUGUUUCGACAAAAAACAAAAACUGAGCAAGAAUAUGGGCAAGUUUCUUCUAUUUAUUUUUCUCCGUCAGCGCACUGUUGGCAUAAAUUACAGGAAACGAGGAGAGAUGUUUAAAUUAAAGGAUAACACUGACACAAGAAGAAGAUCUAAGGCAUCUUUUGUCAGAUGAGAUUGUCAUCCCUUCAGAGCACAGCACCUGAGAGCAGGCAGAAUGGAACCGACUCGUUUCAAGAAGGAGCUAGAUAAGGAAAUCCAUAACGUGGUUGUCUGUGGAGUUACAGAGCUAAACUUGAGGAUCCAGGACAUCUCUUUGAACAGUUUUUUUGUUGUUUUUUUUUUUUUCCAGGUCUUCUGAAACAAGAAAUAGAAAUGGGGAACUCGAAAAGGAGCAAUAGGAGAAAUGACGGAGGCAGAACCACCAGUAAGGAAGUGUCGCACUUGGAGGUUAAAGCAGUGAAUGGUCUCCCCCUUUAAAGUGACAGUUUCAGCUGCACUUCUGCCUAAAAAUGUUACUGUCUGAUGGCAGUAACUGGUUAUUUGGACAGCUGUCUCACAGACAAACAUCAGUUAGAAGAUAUUGAAAAAAAUAUUGUUUGUAAUAUUUAUUAGAUAUCAAUGAAUGCAAAGAAACUUGUAGCACACAGUAGUGUUACAGGUGUUAAAAUAUUACUGAACGAUUCACACUUUAUUUGCUUAAAAGUUUCUGUUUCACGGAACUGUUUGUAAAAACAAAGGGGCGCCUCAACUAUAUCUUAAAGAUUGAACACCUGAGAUGUUUUCUGCCUCUCCUGCUUUGCAGACGUUGACCACGCUUCAGUGGAAGUGCAGCACUCAGUGCAGCGUGUGUAAAACUCCUGACAGUACACCUGCUCUUGGCAAUUGCUGCCCACUGGUCCUACAGAAAGGCCAGAGGGACGAGAUCUUGACAUGCCAUUUAAAAACUGCCAGUUCAGACUUGUGUAGGUCGCAGGCAGAGAGAGGAAUGCACCUUUGAGUAAUGGACACCUGGGAGAUUGGGCCCAUAUCCCCCCAGAAGGAGCCAGCAUUCUGCUCUCCGUGUCUGUGUCGUGGAUUGCUGCACGAUGUGGAUGGAAAAUGUGGAAACACAGCCCCACUGGCAAGAUGAGAUUAAGGGCAGGGGCAAUUGCAUGAGCACUGUGGCUGCUGAGGUUAUUCUGACUCUGUCCCAGGGUACAGCCAUGAUGUACAUACACUUAGGCAGGGCUAACUUUACUUUUGGGACACACUGUGGAAGUUGUUUCAAAGGGAGGGUGGAGAAGAAGGACCAAACAAAUCAUUGAAUGGUACUAUAACAGAGGAAAAGAGGAGUCUGGGACCACCAAGUGAGAGGUUUUGCCUUUUUUUUCCCUCAGUUCUCUCGCCCAUCCCACUGCCAGGGGGGUCAAGUGAACAACUGCAUGGUGCAGAGCUGCUUGCUGGUUAAAUCACAACAGUCCUUUAGAUCAUAGAACUAGAGAAUUAUAGAUUAGAGGAUCAUAGAAUGGCUUGGAUUGAAAGGGACCUCAAAGAUUGACAUAUCUGACCCCAGCGUGUUAAAACAAAAUUGUUAUAUAUAUUUUUAGUUUAGUAGUUACUCGUUGGUUUUUUUGUUGUUUUUAAUCAGACCUGUGCUUGUUCUCAGAGUUGUGUUAUGUAGUACCUUACUGUCUAUCUAUGUUCCUGUUGUGCUGUUAAUCACCUUUGUGGGCUGGAUUAAGGUUAUCACUGUUGUACUUUGCAAACCUAUGUUAUUAUAUGAUAAAAGUACAAACUGUGAGACUAACCUGGUGUACAUACUCAACACUGCCAUCAUCUCUGUACUUUGGGAACCAUCUCUCUGAAACAUGAACAAUUACACUCUUCACCUUUUCUUAGCAGGGAACCAAUCUGUGAGAGAGACAAGGGGAAACACUUUCCCCUGCUUCUUCACCUUCCCCUUCCACUCCAACCAAGUUACAAUAGUUCUUGAGAAUUUUGAAUAUACUCCAGAUUUUCAAACCAACAUGUUCCUAUUGCUGUGUCUCCUGAAUGUGCUCCAGGUUUUAAGAUUAAGCAACUAUUUAAGUAUAUCACCCAGAGAUCUGCCCUAAGACUGGAUAGUUGUGAGUAGUAGAGUGUGGGAGGAUACAGGCAGGCACCUAGAAAAAUAGGCACCUCCAGUGCCUUGGAACUUCAGCCCUAAGUAAGUAAGUGCAGAAUCUCAAAAAAAUAGUAAAAUAUUUGAAAAAGAUAUGCCAUCCCCUGUCAGUUCCAAAAAGAAACUGCAACAUGCUAGGUUUAGGUCUAUGCCUAUCAAGCUGCACUCAUCCAAAAUCAUAAACAGCACCACAUUAGCUACCAGGAAAAGAAAAUUGACUCUACCCUCAUCUGAAACCAGGACAAGGAGUAAAAGCGAGCGCUGUGCCUCUUUUCACCACUCGACAGAUCUGAACCUCAUGACAGGCAAAAAAAGUGGCUGCACCAAGAUCACCCCAUAAACUUCCAUGUCAUCAGUUGUAACAAAUCUUGGAAUAAAGGGAGAUUAUGGGAAGACAUGUUACCUCUGUCUACACUGGAUUGGAUUUCGGUUAUGAAUGCAAGUUAUAGCCUGGCUAUAAGUAAGAGACUGGAAUAGAAAUCUGGAGUUAGUUACAAUUCCUCUUUUGCAGUUCAAAUUCCACUUGUUGCGUGACAGCCAGCAUAAAACAGAGUUGUGAGACGGGUUUCACAUUGGGCCAGGCAUUUGAUUUUAAGAGGCAAGAGGUUCUUCAGAUGUUUCACACAAGGCCUGUAAGGAAUUAUUUGGUCUGGAUUUGGUUUUACCUUACAGCUAGAAGCAUUGCCAGUCUGGCAAUUUUAUAAUAAAAAGUUUCCCAGAAAUAUAAAACCUGCGACAUUAAAAAUGUGCUUACAGUUUGAAUCCUAAAUGAGAAGCCUCAAUUUGGAAAGAGUUAAAGCCUAGCAGUGUUUGCUUUAUUCUGCAAGUCAACCUCAGUGUCACUUAUGUAGAUGCAGUCAUGUAGCAGAUCUUACAAGCAAGCUGAUUUAACCUGCCAGCAGAUUUUUCUUGUGGCUCAGCUCAGAUGAAGAAAGAACCCUGCUUGUUGUGAGCAGCUGGGAAUCUCACAGUGAACGAAGGGUCCUCGCAGCCCUGCUUUAAUCUCCAAGAAGGUGAUUCACACACUGGUGCCAGAGGCUUCCCAGAUAAACACCCCGUCAGGCUUCCUUUCCUCACCACGCUACUUUGAGGUGCAAGGAUAGCAGAAAUCUUGAGAAAAAGCGUAGGUGCUGGAUCUUCCUGCAGCGACUGAUCUCACUUCUACCUCAAACCCCCCCUCGGGCCGCGGCUGCUCCAGCCUGCCACCGUUGGCUGCCACACCGCCAGCCCGCGUUGAGGGUCCGCCAUCUUGGGACCGGCGACGGCCGCCGGAAGCCGCCAUCUUGUGGGCGGGGCCGCGACCGGCGUCGGGGUGGCGGAAUGGUGCCGGUGCUGCCGGGGCUUUACGUGGGCGGCGCGGAGUCGUGCUCGUCCUCGAAGGCGCUGGCGGCGGCCGGGGUGAUGGCGGUGCUGACGGUGGACGCGGAGGAGCCGCCUCCGGUGCCGGGUGUGCAGGCCUUGUACAUUCGGGCGCUGGACGAGCCCGGCGCCGACCUUCUGAGCCGCCUGGACGAGUGCGCUGCCUUCAUCGGCGCGGCGCGGGCGGGCGGCGGGGCCGUCCUCGUGCGGUGCCAGGCCGGAGUGAGCCGCAGCGUGGCCGUGGUAACCGCGUACCUGAUGAAGAGCCAGGGGCUCGGCUGGGAGGAAGCCUACGCCGCCGUCAGGGCCGCCAAACCUGACGCAGAGGUGAACCCCGGCUUCCAGAGGCAGCUGAAGCUCUACGAGGCCAUGGGCUGUGCCGUGGACAGCAGCAGCGCCCUGUACAAGCAGCAUCGCUUGCAGGUGCUCACGGAGAGGUUCUCCGAACUUCAAGACUUACCACAAGAAGUCUUUGCUGUUGAUCCAACCAAUGCACAUCAGAGUCCAAACACAGAAGUUCUCUAUAGAUGCAGGAAAUGCAGGCGCGCUUUGUUCCGUAGUUCCAGCAUUUUGUCCCACAUGGAAGGAAGUGGACCAACAGCCUUUGCUCACAAGAGAAUAACGGAGUCUGUGCAUCUUCGUGGCAGUGGCCCUGAUAAGUGCACCUCUUACUUCAUUGAGCCCGUGCAGUGGAUGGAGCCAGCACUGCUAGGAGUAACGGAAGGACAGCUUUUGUGUCCCAAAUGCACAUCUAAGCUGGGUUCCUUUAGCUGGUGGGGUGAGCAGUGUUCUUGCGGCCACUGGGUGACACCUGCCUUCCAGAUACACAAAAGUCGAGUGGAUGAAGCGAGAACUCUGUCAGUUGGUAACUUCCACACUACCAAAACCUGAACUCCUUGCCUUUUUCAAUGGAUCUCUAAAUGACCACAGAGAAAUCCCAAGUACUGUGGGUUUGCCAGGACAGAGCUUGAGACUUCCAUCCCUUUGUAAGCAGAAGAAUUACUUGAGCGCCUGAUCUAUUUCUGCUUUCAGUAUAUCUAAAACACAGGAUUAUACAUUCAUAUAUAUAUAUAUAUAUGCACAUUUACAUAUAAAAUAAAUGCAUGUAUAUAAGGAUAGUAAAGCAUGUCCAUCAAAGAUGUGUUAAGCAGUGGUCAAAGAUGUACAAAAAUGCCUGAACAUGAUGUUUAUAGCAACAGACUGAAUAAAAAUGUUAUUUACAAAUUCUAAUCCUUAUCUAAAAAAGAAAUGCUAUCAUGUUAGUUUUAGGUUGUGGACAACAGUACUAUUUGUCUUCUGCUACAGAAGUUCAUCUGGUAUACAGGGAAGGGAAAGAUUGUAAGGCUCAGUGAAGCAACAUAACACAGCACCGUUACCAUUGUUGGAUUAGCACUGAAAAGCAAGAUGCAUUUAUACUUUUCUUACGCUGAAGUUCCAAAAAUCUAUCCCAAGAGCAUAUCCUACAGUGUAAUUCUUCAUGUAAUGCCUGAGGAGAUUAUGUAAGCUGUACUGAAAUGGAGGACCUGAGGUGAAGUACCCUGCUAAGUUGUCUAUCCCAGUUUAAAGAGAUCCCAAAAUGAUGAAUUAAGAUUUCAAGCUUUGCUCAUGGUCGUCAGUGUAUGCCACUCUAGCACACAGUUUUGGUUUGACAUCAGAAAAGAGGACAGGUAAGAUCUACGUUAAAUCCAUUUUAUUCUCAUUGACUCCCAACAGUUUUUUAAAUGUUUUUUUUGUUUGUUUGUUUGUUUUUUACACAAUUUCCAGCAACAUACAUUAUGAAAUAUACAAGAAAUUAGGUGGUUGGGUUCUGCCCAUCUUUUCAUUCCUCCCACAGCUGUGGAGGGAAGACUUGCAGUACACAGUGAACAUCAGAAUCUCAACACUGAAAACUGAGACACAAAACAAAAGAGACAAAAAUAUAUAUGAAACUGUUUGAACUGGUCACACUUCAGGGCCAGGUACAGCACAAUAAAUAUUAGAACUGUAUUAUCUUAGACAUCUUCUGUAAAGUUUAUAACAUCCUCUAUUUAAAGAGAUAAGAACAUCUGUUUUCUAGCAUGAAAUGCUACAUAGUACAGUGGUGAAGGGUACAAACAAUGAGGAAUCCAGCAGGGGCUCAAAUGGUGACUACUCAUUCACACAUGCUCAUUGUUAAGUAAGCAGCAUACACUGAAAGUUUGGUGAACUGUAAACUUAACUGUUCACUACCAGAAUAUCAGCUGGAAUAGUAGUUUAUUUUGGGAGAGCUGAACACAGUAAAUCCACUUAAGUUUCAACUGAGCUCUCCAUGGCAAACAGCGAGUUGAUUUCAUAAUGGAAGUGGCAGCAUUUGGUCCUUAGCGCCAAGAUACCUUUUCACCAUUGCCGUUCAAAGCUGGCAGCUGGUGGAAAAAAACACUUCAGUGUGGAAUUAAUGCAAAGCCCUGCCACUACCAGUGGCAUCUCCAACUGUUACUGUUUCAUGACCAUAACAAGUCUAGAUGUCAGCUGGCACCCAGCUGGGCAUUACAGUGUUGCACAACAAAGAAGUAUUAGAUGUCAUCAGAUACAAGAGAGUCAAAGACCAACAAGUAUGGCAGCAUCUUCAUCUCUCUCUGCAGCAAUGAUAGGAGUGCUGGCGCUUGAAUUUUGACAGAAAAGCUGCUCUACACUCAUUUCUCAUCUCAUACUAGUUUAGUCAACAAGCCCAAGACACAGCAGAGUUUCAGUUGCUUGACAGACUGUGCUUCCAGAGCAUGGUGCAGAAGUCACUAGCUUCUCUUGCAUCAUAAUCAAGAAGGCAGAAGUAAAUACAUUUUGUACUGUCAAUCUUUCCCCUCUUUAACCCCCCACCCCCAGAAGUUUAGCAUCUCAGAAUCUUUCUACACAAGAAAUGAGGACCAUCUGUGCCACUGCCAAACAGG